UAUGCACACUAUAAUAUACUCAUUAGUUUCAGUUCUCAAUGGAACGCGUAAUAAUUAGUUGCAUUGAUUUUGAUUGUCUGUCCAAUUUGUUAAUGAAUUUGAAACUGUUGUCGGAGGCUUUCAGUUAAUUGUGCUUAUCGUGCAAUAUAUAAAUAUAUAAAUUGGUUAAAUUUAGCCAGAAUUAUGUGAUUAACACGUUGAUAAAAGCUGGUGUUGUUAAAGUAUCAAAAUUUAAUUUAUAUUUGAUAAGUGUUAGCAUAAAAUGCAUAAUAAAGGUGGAAAUGUGGGACUAGGUACAACUGGUACGACAACACCAUCAGCAUCAAUCAGUGCUGCUGAUGUGGGACCAAGUGUUAGAACAUCCGAAGGUGAAAAUUCAGGAUGUAUCGAAAUACUUGCCGCAGCAGGCAGCAUCCUCCUAAUGAUAUUCACUUUACCAUUCUCAUUGUUCGUAUGCUUCAAAGUUGUUGCUGAAUACGAACGAGCCGUUAUAUUCAGAAUGGGAAGACUAAGAGCUGGUGGCGCCAGAGGUCCAGGUGUAUUUUUCGUUCUACCUUGCAUAGAUAAUUACUGCAAAGUCGAUUUGAGAACGGUAUCGUUUGAUGUUCCGCCGCAGGAAGUUUUGUCCAAAGAUUCGGUGACGGUUAGCGUGGAUGCUGUUGUUUAUUAUCGUAUCAGUGAUCCGUUGAAAGCCGUUAUUCAGGUAGCCAACUACAGCCACUCAACACGACUACUCGCUGCAACAACACUGCGUAAUGUUUUGGGUACUCGAAAUUUAUCCGAACUGCUAACCGAACGUGAGGCAAUAUCGCACACAAUGCAGGCGUCUUUGGAUGACGCUACAGAUCCCUGGGGGGUUAAAGUAGAACGAGUUGAAAUCAAAGACGUAUCUCUUCCAACCGCAUUACAACGUGCGAUGGCUGCUGAAGCAGAAGCGUCGCGCGAAGCUCGUGCAAAGGUCAUUGCUGCUGAGGGUGAAAUGAAAUCGGCAAGAGCACUGAAAGAAGCAUCCGAUGUUAUGUGCGAAAGUCCAGCCGCUCUGCAGCUUCGUUAUCUCCAAACCUUGAACAGUAUUGCAUCCGAAAAGAAUUCCACUAUCAUUUUCCCGUUACCAAUCGAUUUGUUGAAAGGAUUUAUGCCGAGGUCAUAACCAGAGAUUUUUAUUGUUGAAGAAACUAUUGCCAAAUAAAUAUCGUCAGUAAGACCUAUGUGUGAAAU